AAGCUAUGACAAAUUCGCGAAAAUAGCCAAUUCUGAUGCAUUUCUCUGUAGAGUUUUCUUUCAUAACUGUUAAGUUUUCUUUUGCCUUUUUUAUCAAACGAUACAUUGUAAGGGGAUGUUGAACAGUGUAUUUCCAACUAUUCAAGUUUUGGAUUUCUCUCUUAUUUUAUUCUCUAUAUUCAGAUUCCAUAUCUUCAAACUUAUUGUUAGUCUAGUUUAUCAGUCUUUGAAUAAUGCUAGAGACUACGCUAUGGAAGGUGAAAAGAUGAAGAAAAUAAAAUAAAAGAGAUGGAAAAAGAACAAAUGGUGAGGCAUGAUUAUGUGUUAGAUGAGUGGCGUUGUAGAAAUAAGUUUGAAUAUCGAUUGCAUUGUAUCGUAUUCGAACAAUAAUAUUCGAUCGAGUGCUUAAAAAUUAUCAUGACAUAAUAUCUAAUAAUUACGAUCGAACAUGGUUUGAAUGAUCUAACUUAUUCGUAGAAGUUUGGAUCAAAGAAAUGGCUGCAGAACAUUGUUACUUGAGUUGAAAAAAAUGAUAUGCACUAAUCUAAUAGUACCAUUGAUAUUUGAACAAACGAAGACAUGUGAUAGUGAGUUAAAAAAUGGAAACAUUCUGUAAUAUUGCUUAACAUAAAAUUUUGUACAAUAAUUCUAGGUGUUUCUAGAUCAUCCUAGCCAUUAUUAUGCGUCAAUGGAUGUUGUAUAAUCGGAGUAUAAUCCAUGUAUGCAUUCGUAUCACGCCUAUAUUCAUCAUAACUGUGUACUUUGUCAUUCGAUAUUCUUUCUACCGGGUCGUAUAAUUCGUAGUUUUGCAUGAUAGUUAUGAAAAAAACGAAAAAAAAUCAACUACACUCCACUACCCCUGCACCUGAUAUUUGAAAAAUCUGUAUUGCGAUGGUAUUGUUGUCAUCAGUUUCAGCUAUCUUAUGUUUGGAUAAUUGGCUUCAAAGGUGAUGAAUAAAGUUUGAAAAUCACAGUUCUUGAUUCUAUGAUGAUUAAUUAUCCCAUAUACAAAAUAAAAAAUCGUCAUUUCUGUCUUGUGAACUUCGCUUUCGGUAAUUCUACCAAAUUUUAAGGGUACACCCUUUGCGACAGGGCUUUCGGUUUGUAUCUGACGAAAGAUUGAAUCUAUUCGAGAAUAAUUUAAAUAAUUUAUUAUUCGCCGGAUAUCGCACUGAAAUUCAAAUGCUGCCGCGGUACAGGCGUCCAUAGGAAUUCAGAGAAUCGAUUAGUUGCGCGGCACGUUCAAGUCAUUCGAGAUGUCAGAUGGUGGGUUAAAUUGUAGGCUGCGUUGACUAAGGUCAAUAUCAAUGUUCUUCGAUCCAAUUCAGUCAACACUGGCGGUAAUUGACUGUUCGCGGUAUCAGAUGGGUUUUCUCGAGGACACAUUUGUGAUCCUUGUGACGCAGGUUUUCUUUUUCAUCGGAGGAUGGGUCUUUUUUGUAAAAAAAUUGUUUCGGGACUACGAGGUGCAUCACAGAUUGGUGCAGCUUAUAUUCUCUGUCACUUUUUCCCUAUCCUGUACCAUGUUCGAGCUCAUCAUUUUCGAAAUUGUUGAUGUCCUGGACUUUAGUUCGAGGUAUUUCCAUUGGAAUGCAGGCCUCUACAUGUUAUUAUUCAUGGUGAUAGUGUUGAUACCGUUUUACAUAGCAUACUUCAUAAUCAGCAACAUUAGGUUUGUAAGACUCAAUUUCAUACGACCUUUGACCGUGGUGGUUUAUCUCUGUUAUUUGUACCUGUUUUGGAAAGUGGGGGAUCCUUUUCCCAUUAUGAGUCCAAAAAAAGGUCUGCUCUCAAUUGAACAGGGCGUGAGUCGAAUAGGUGUAAUUGGAGUGACUGUUAUGGCUCUUUUGUCUGGAUUUGGUGCUGUCAACUACCCUUACUCUUCCAUGGCAUAUUUCAUGCGUCCCGUCUCCUAUACGGACAUCCAGUAUGUGGAAAGACGACUGCUUCAAACUAUAGACAUGAUUGUAGCCAAAAAAAAAAGGAUCGCUUUAGCUAAGAAAGGGGAAGUGGCAGGGCAGACAGAAGUCCGUUCCCGCCUUUGGGGAAUGCUUGUGCCUCUUGGGGGAAGCAAAGGAGGUCAAGAAAAUAUGAGACAGCUUCAACAUGAAGUUUCAGCACUUGAAGAAUUGUCGCGACAAUUGUUCCUCGAAGCGCACGACAUACAAAAUGCCAGAGAACGACUCGAAUGGGCAGCAACUUGGCAGGGAAAGUACUUCAACUUUCUUGGUUACUUCUUCUCCCUUUACUGCAGCUGGAAGAUAUUUAUUUCAACGAUCAACAUAGUCUUUGAUAGAGUUGGUAAAAAGGAUCCUGUUACCCGUGGUAUGGAGAUUGCGGUACAUUGGAUUGGGUUUGAUAUUGAUGUGACAUUCUGGUCUCAACAUAUUUCUUUUUACCUGGUUGGCUGCAUCGUCGUUACAUCUAUCAGAGGACUCCUAUUAACACUAACAAAGUUCUUCUAUGCAAUAUCUAGCAGCAAGUCGUCGAAUAUAAUCGUCCUUAUCCUUGCUCAAAUAAUGGGUAUGUACUUUGUAUCUUCAGUGCUGCUCAUGCGGAUGAACAUGCCAGCAGAAUACAGAAUCAUAAUAACCCAAGUUCUCGGUGAUCUUCAGUUUAACUUCUACCACAGAUGGUUCGACGUCAUAUUUCUGGUCUCCGCACUAUCUUCUAUAGCAUUUUUAUACCUUGCACACAAGCAGGCUCCAACUGAGCGGGCUUGAAAUUUGUUGUAGAGCAACAUUUUCGCGAAGGAAAUUCCAUAUGGGGAAGUUGCAGCCUUGUCAUUAUGUAUGCUCCAAGCAUCACCUAUUUCAUUUUGACUGUUUCAAGACCGGACUGG